AUGUUCCACUGCGUGGGGAAUCACGAUUGUAACGUCGGGAAAGAGGUGUUUUUAAGCGCCGUGAACGCCGAGGCGGCGUAUUACAGCGCGAGUAUGCCGAGAGGGUGGCGAUUAAUCGUUUUGGACACGACGGAUUUGAAUCCGCGGUACGUAUCUCGAGACGCGCCAGAGUUCGAUGCGGCGAUGCGAUUCGCGCAAGACGCCGUGGACGAGGGUCGUGAGGAUGUCGUUCCUUGGGGCGGAGGCAUCGGUCCCGUUCAAUUUGACUGGUUGCGGGACGAGCUGAACGACGCGGCGGCGAAACGCGAGCGAGUCAUCGUCGCGUCGCACAACGCCUUGCACAGAGACGCGGCUCGGUAUCAGAUGAGCGCCUGGAACAGCGACGAGGUCUCCGAUCUCAUAGAAAGCAGUGGGUGCGUGAAGAUUUGUUUGGCAGGACACGACCAUCCCGGACACUAUCAUUAUCGAAAUGAUGUUCAUUACGUGACGCUUGAGGCGAUGCUCGAGGCGGCGGAGGGCGAGACGAGCUUUGCCUUUCUAGACGUAUACGAACACGACGCCGUACUCACUGGC